CACCAACAAAAAGAACUGCAAAUUACAUAGAUUUGGAGUGACUUGUUUUGGUUUAGGGGAUGCCCAUACGGGAUUUGAAGGAAAGAAGCUUAUAAAUCAUCAUCCGAAUACCGGAGGGCGUGCGAAUCUAGCUGCGAUCCCUCAAACGCAACUUCCACAUCUUGAAAGUACAACACACAUAAGCCCGCUGCAGCCGCUUGUACAUCAUCCAACCAAAAUGGCAUCCACAACAAAAGAAAACAUCCUCAUUUUUGGGGCAACGGGAUAUAUUGGAUGGUAUAUCACUGAUCAAAUAGUCAAAGCCAAGACUUCCUUCGGUCGCAUCGCCAUUUUCACAUCUCCUGGAACCGUGGAGAAGAAGCCCGACUUGAUUAGUCAAUUGCAGGAAAAUGGAGUAGAAGUGAUUGUGGGGAGUGCGGGGGAGGAAGCUGACGUUGUGAAUGCACUUGAUGGUCAGUCAGUUGAUCUUUUUUUCCAGCAAUAAGCCUAACCUGUAUUUUAGGUAUCACCACAAUCGUCAGCGCUGUGGGACAAGCAGUCAUUGCUGAUCAACUCAAAUUGAUCAAGCUUGCUGAAAAGGUUCCCAGCGUCAAGCGGUUCUUUCCGUCCGAGUACGGAACUGACAUAGAAUAUAACGAAACGUCAGCAAAAGAACCACCCCAUCAACAAAAGUUGAAGGUUCGAGCAGCGUUGAAGGAGGUUUCAUAUCUUGACCACACUUACGUAGUUCUGGGUAAGUAGAUCCAAACAUUUCUCAUUAUUCGAAACGUCCUGUAGCAAUCAGCUUAUUCACACUGGCAUGCGUAUUUUGUUUCGGAAGGCUAAUUCCAGUAUCCUAGACCAUAUGCCGAUGGCGCUUCAAAUGGCACAUUCUUCGGGAUUGUUCCAUUUGCUCCGGAAAUAGGAGGUUUUAAUGUCAAGGAAAAGAAAGCAGUCCUGACUGGAGAUGGAACAGGCAAGAUCAGUCUGACAACACUUGCUGACUAUGAUUCAAAAUACCGCAACAGUCAUUAG